AGCGGAACCGGAGGGGAGAACAGCCGGCGACAGACCGCUAUGCAGCCCGGCAAGGAAGUCGGACCGGACGGGACCGACGAUUCGACCGGAGAACGGCUCGGGACAAUCGGUAUGUGAGACGCACUCGCGCUGAGCGAGCUGGACCUCCUGUUAACAAAAUAAUUUCAGAUGAUCCGGACUUUUCUAAAAAGGUCCGCAUUAUUCACAGACUUAUUAAGACAGUACACCAUUUGAAAAAUGUGACUAGUGACACUUAUCCUCCUUCUUUAAACAAAAUAGCACACAAUUUAAAGACUGUUAUUAAACCUGCCGUCCCUACCAAACACACACAAAAUAAGAUUGAGGAGAACGCUAAAAACUGGGCCCGUACAACCAUGGUGAUCCUCCGGCAACAUUAUACUCAGAGCGUAGAGGAGGAAUUAAAAGCUCUCUCUGAGUGUUCUAAACAGGACUGGGAGGGCCCGUUCGAGAUAGCAACAUCCUGGGCCAAGAGGAACCUGGGCCGCCGCCUCCAACCUGACUCUCUGGAACAGGCCAGAGCUGAGAUCGUGGCCAAACUGGGGGACCUGGGGACUGCCACUUCAACAGAGGAGGGCCCACCUGCACCCCGCACAACAUCCAAAACAACGACGGCAACGAUGACGGACCACGUCGCUGGAGACUGGUCACCUUCUUCUGAGAUGGAGCAGGAACAAGAGAGGGAACUGACACCUUCCUCCCCUCCAGAAUCUUCACAACCAGCAGAGCCCAAUCUGGCCACACCGAAGGAGCAGAGGGUGUUGAGAUUCGCCGCCUCGAUCCCAGAGACGCCAUCCCAGGAACGGCCAUGUUCUCCCUCCAUCCAACCACCACAAUCUGGUGAAAUUAUGGACACUGAGGGACUGGACCUCACACAGGGGGAAGUCACCCCCAAAAAGACAAAGCGGGUUAGCACUUUAACAGUGGCUAAACCGCAACCAGUGUCUCACCCGGGACCAUCUCGCAGCGGCUUAGACAGACUGACUUCCUGUGUGCAAACCCGGCUUCAGCUUCAAGCAGCAGAGGAAUCAUCAUCUUCUUCAUCAUCUCCUCCUCCUUCACCAGCCUCGCCGGGACAGCAGGUGCGGACGCCGACCAGACAUCCCAACACACACAGGAAAUUGAGAGACUGGCACCUGCAUGUGAAAGAGCCCUGGCUCGUCGUCGGCGAUUCUAAUGUUAGCAGACUGCCCCCCUUUGCAGCUGACAGUUUGCAGAUCGAUGGCUUCCCGGGAGCCAAAUGGUGGCAUGCAGAGUACCUCCUGGAGAAAGCCACUAUUGCCACACCGGUGACAAAACUAAUCCUGUCUUUUGGCAUUAAUAACAGGUCCCAGAGAGACAAGAAUAUGCCGGUGUUGGAACUGAAAAGGGCCCUGAAAGUAGCCCGGCAGAAGUUCCCUGAGGCUAACAUUUAUGUGCCUGAGAUUAACUUUUCUUCUGCUCUUUCUCAGGUGGAAAAGGACACUUUGAUGUACUUGAACACUUUCAUUACAGGACUAAAAGAUCACAUUCCAGCCCUCACCUCAGACAUUUUCACUACAGAAGAGGAUGACAUUCACUGGUCAUAUGGAACUUCAGAGGCAAUGUUACAACACUGGGAGAUGUAUGUAAAUGGGGAGUCCCCAUAAGCCUGACACAUCGGGAGGGGUCAAGUGAUUUACAUGUUGUUGAUGGUGUUAUGAACUUGUCCAAAAAAUUCCAUCCUUCCACUGCUCAGCGGAGCCUGCUGAAUAGAGGCCUGACUUUUAUCCCCACAAAAGGCUACAACAAAAAUUUACAAUUACAAUGCAAAUAUGACAUUCAGCAGUACCAUAGGAGGAUCAAAUUGGCUGCCUUUUAUGGAGAUAAAAAUGAGACUCAAUCUCAGCCCUUCACUCCAAAGUCAUACUGGUCUCCGCCCAAUGCUCAGCUGCCACCCCAAAUUCUUGCUUUGAUCAAAGCUGAUAAUGAAUAUUUUCAAAACCAUUUUCAUGUAGAGCGAAUUAAGUCCAAUUUGACAAUAGAAGAGACAAAGGCUCUAACAGAAUUGAAAGAAAACAAACAAAUUAUUAUAAAACCGGCAGACAAAGGGAGCGCAGUUGUAAUUUUGGACAGGGACCAGUAUUUGGAGGAAGGCUACAGGCAAUUAAAUGACAAAACAUAUUAUUUGAAAUUGAAAAAACCCAUAUACCACGACACAAUACCAAUGGUGGAAAAAAUCAUUAAUAGUUUACACCAAAAGAAAUUUAUAAAUCUAAAACAAAAGAACUAUUUGCUGGGCUCCGCUGAACCAAGGGGAAGGCUCUUUUACAUGCUGCCUAAGAUCCACAAGGAUCCGGCGAAAUGGAGUGUCCCCUUUCAGGUGCCCCCAGGGCGACCAAUCGUCUCAGACUGUGAUAGUGAGACUUACUAUACAGCUGAGUAUCUGGAUUAUUUCCUGACUCCUUUAUCCACAAAACAUGCGAGCUAUAUUAAGGAUACAUAUGAUUUUGUGGAUAAAGUGAAGCAAAUAGAAGUCCCCAUCGAUUCCUUUCUGUUUUCCAUAGAUGUUGACAGCCUUUACACAAACAUUGACAUUGGUGAAGGCAUUGACUCCAUUAAGAGAGUCUUUCAAAAGUACCCGGAUAAGAGAAGGCCAGAAAAAGAAUUACUAAAACUUUUAGAAAUAAAUCUCACAAGGAACGAUUUUGAAUUCAAUGGUGACUUCUAUUUACAAGUCAAGGGUACGGCCAUGGGGAAGAAGUUUGCCCCAGCAUAUGCAAACAUCUUCAUGGCAGAGUGGGAGACUGCUGCACUGGAUAAAUGUAUCAAAAAGCCACUGCACUAUUACCGCUUUCUGGACGACAUAUGGGGGGUCUGGCAACAUUCUGAGCAGGAUUUUGAGAUGUUUCUGAAAACUUUAAAUGACCACAAUGCUUCUAUUAAGGUUAAAUCAACCAUCAGUAAGGCCUCUAUUGAUUUUCUUGACACGACCACCUUCAAAGGCCCAAAUUUCAUGAAUGACCGUAAAUUGGACAUAAAGGUCUUUUUCAAACCUACAGACACUCAUGCCCUCCUAUUUAAAACAAGUUUUCAUCCUAAACACACAUUUGCGGGAAUAGUCAAAUCCCAACUGUUAAGAUUCCACAGAAUUUGUACACAAAAGUCUGAUUUUGGAGCUGCUGUUAAGAUCCUGUUCUCUGCUCUCUCCACUAGGGGGUACUGUUGGUCUUUCCUAAGGAGCUGCUUUAAUUCCUUUCUCCAUACAAAACCAAUUGACGUUUCCCCUCUGCUUCCAGUGGUCAUCACGUAUGCUCCUUUCACCUGCAAAUUGGUCAGGGCCAUCAAAAACAAUUUCCAGAGCCUAGCUCAGAAUGUACAGACACUUCACAAUCACAAGGUAAUUGCUGCUUUCAGGAGGCAUAAGAACCUAGGUGAUCUCCUCAUUAGAGCCCAAAUUUCGCCUCUCUCUGUGCCUAGACGCAGAGAUCAGGGGCAAUUUUUCCAGCAUCGUAGGUUGGUGCGCAGCCACUCUAAUGGCUUUGUUUUUCUGUCUCUGUGCAAAGGGACCCCGAGGUCCAAAAAUUGUAUAUAUUUGAUUACAUGUAAGAGAUGUGGAAUCCAGUAUGUGGGAGAAACAGGUAACACACUGCUGACUAGAUUCACUCAACACAGGUACAAUAUUACACAGAAAAAGAACACUCACACCUACCUGGUGAAACAUUUUUUAAUACAUGGUUGGAGUUCUGUCACAGCGACAGUUAUCCAAGUGAACUCGAGGUGGACAACGCAGCAGAGGAGGAGAACUGAGAGAGUUUGGAUAGCUAAACUGGAUACAGUUUAUCCAAACGGACUCAACGAAAAGGGAUUCAGGAGAUAUUGAUCCCACAGAAUGUAUAUAGUUAUUAUUCUAAUGUUUUCAAUUGUCAUUGCUGCCAUUGUUACUGUGUGUCUCACUCCCUUUCCACAAUUUCCUGGGGAGCAUCCCACCCCUCAAACUGACCCUAAACUUAACCUCGGUGACCCCUAGACAAAACUCAACUCCGGCCCUAAACCUAACCACUCGGACACCUAGUUGGAGAUGAGGACGGGGCAUACCCCCACCCCUGGGAUGGGCCCUAACCUUAACCCCUCCCCCCUCUCCUCUUCACCCCUCCUCCCCUUACCCCUCGCUUCUCCAACCCCAUCCAUGGGACCCCGCCUGGAGCUUCGCUGGGGGUCUCGGGAGACCUGAGGCGGGAGCAGGUAUGGUCUGUGCAUUGGAG